UUUUUUUUUUUUUACACUUUUUGAACUGCAGAACUGCAGAUAUCACCGUCUUUUAAUGGUAGUAAAUUUAAAUUAAAAAAAGAUAUCGAUACCCUUUAAAAUAAUUAAGGUACCAUGAGAUGUGAAACUGAAUCACGUGCCACCUGUGACGAUUACACUUGUUGCAUUACGGAGUGUUUCGUGGAAAUCCAUUGUUACUGGGCCGAAGACAAUUGCUUAAUUCACAAAGCCCAAAGUACCAACUUGAAAAUUUACCUCAUAUAAACACAUAUAUUUGAGACAUAUCAAAUUGUUCAUCGUUAUUUCAUCAGAACUUCACCAUGGCCAUUGUUCAUUUACGCUACAAGUUACUGAAUCUGGGUAAAUGUUAUCGAAACGGUUCAGUGCUGGAAUAAGUGUCUUUGGCUUCCACAUUGGUGUGUAUUUCUCUGCACAUGCCAAGAAAAAUUAAACUGCACAGACAGAUCGUGUACUGGGUUGGACAGAUGAAAUCUCUCAUUUACUCUAUUCAACGCACUAAGUAUUUCCAUUUAUUCGUAGAAUACCGAACAGACAAAAAAAAGUUGGAGUAAGAGAGGAAAAACGGAGCUCGUUAUUUUUUUUACAUUCUUUAUUAUGAUUUUUAUUGUCUUCUCCCGCGUGUAAAAUUUCUCUCCAAUCACGUUCGUUUUGAAUGAUCAAAAGUGGCCAAACAUAUUAUCUUGACUCUUUCAAAGAGACUUCAAUAUACAGCAGUGAUAAUUGUGUGAUUUGAGAUAGAAAGCAUGUGUGCCCGAUCUCAUUUUUAUCUACAAUUAUUUAUAUUACUCACAGCUGGUUCAAUACGGCAAAAAAAGCUUGCCAAGGACAUUCUGAAAUCGAGGUUUGUCGAGAACUGACAUCAGUUCAAGAUGCACCAGUAGGAUAGGAAAGGGGUGCAUCAAAACUGAACACGAAAUGCGAGAAAUAUAAAGGUUUUGGGAAAUUCAAUUAUGCAUUUAGGCCCGUGUUGUUUUGUGUGCGUUGUUCUGUUCGGGUUUUCUUGGUCGUCUGACGUUGUGACCAGUGGCCUCUAUGCAGAUCCCAGCAAGGCAGCAUAUCGUUUUGAGGACAUCGCUUGCGAUACUGGGGGACUAACGUACUACAGAAACUUACUGCGCUCUCGUCAAAGACAAAGCAGACGACAGAUUCCGUAUAUACCAACACACAGAACGUUCCCACGACACUUCCGAAGACGUCGUGCGGCUACCGCAGACCCAUCGCGUCUCUGGCAACAUGGCGUCAUUCCCUAUGAAAUCCACUCAAACUUCACGGCAUACCAAAAAGCCAUCUUUGUGACCGCAAUGCGUCACUGGGAAAACUAUACGUGCAUAACCUUCGUUGAACGAACGUACGAGCCUGACUUCAUUAUCUUCACACAGAGACCAUGCGGAUGUUGUUCUUUCGUUGGGAGGGAGUUGCGUGGGGCACAAGCCAUCUCUAUUGGGAAGAAUUGCGAUAAGUUCGGCAUAGUUGUUCAUGAAUUGGGUCACGUGAUUGGAUUCUGGCACGAGCACACGCGGCCGGACAGAGAUAACUACAUACAAAUUUUGACUCAGAACAUCCAGGAGAACCAUGAAAACAAUUUUGCGAAGAUGUCCAUGUCUCAGAUAAAUUCUCUUGGCGAAAAAUACGACUUUUCUAGCAUUAUGCAUUAUGCCAGGAACACGUUUGCCAGAACAAGCAUCUUGGAUACUAUUGUACCGAAAACAAAAAAUCAUGACGUUCCAGAGAUUGGUCAAAGACACCGUAUCAGUGUUGGAGAUAUCAUACAAACCAAUAAACUCUACAAAUGCCCAAGUUGUGGAGCAACUCGUCAAGAAUCAUCGGGCAUGAUAUCCUUUAACGCAACGAAUGGUACAACAAAACAGUGUCAGUGGCGGAUCACGGCGGCGUACGGCGAAAAAGUCAACCUAAACAUAACUUCACUCAGUAUCCCAGACACUCCAGACGUGUGUUCGAACAGCUAUCUUGAAAUUAGAGACGGACACUUCCAGAACUCACGUUUAAUUGGCCGCUAUUGUGGGACGACCAUUCCUCCGCCAAUUGAAUCCACCGGAAACAGACUGUGGUUGUCGUUCCAGUCAAGUAAUAACACAGACUCGGGAUUUGAAGCAAAUUUCGAAGCCAAAUGUGGCGGCCUGAUCAACAAGGAUUAUGGCCACUUAACGAGUCCCAAUUAUCCUGAUGACUACCACCCUAACAAAAACUGUGUUUGGGUGAUAACAGUGUCUGAAGGAUACUCAGUAGCUCUACUGUUUGAUUAUCUGGAGAUCGAAAGUCACGAUGACUGUGUGUAUGAUCACUUAGAAGUUCGUGAUGGCACUGAUGAGAACGCCCCUAUCUUGGCGAUGCUUUGUGGGUUUUCUCCACCAAAUCCAGUUAAGUCUACAUCAAACCAAAUCUACAUUAAGUUCUUCUCUGAUGACAGCGUGAUGAAGAGAGGAUUCUCAUUGAAAUUUCUUAAAGAAAUUGAUGAAUGUGCGACGGGAAGUCACGGAUGUGAACAGGAUUGUAUCAACACCAUGGGAGGUUAUAAAUGUCAAUGCAAACUAGGCUAUGAACUUCACUCUGACGGCAAAAAAUGUGAAGAUGCCUGCGGUGGUUACCUAGAGAGCACCAAAGGGACAAUCCACAGCCCGUCAUUUCCGGAUAUGUACCCACCCUCCAAGACAUGUAUCUGGCAAAUAGCGGCUCCGGAGCAGUACAAAAUCUCACUCAAAUUUACACACCUCGAUGUCGAAGGAACGAACCAAGAGUGCGAGUACGAUUACGUUGAGGUGACAAGUGGGGACGGCUACAACAAGCCAUACGGACGAUUCUGUGGACAGAUGCUUCCGGAUUCCAUAACAUCAGAGUCCAAUUCGCUCCAGGUCAAGUUCAAGUCUGAUGACUCUGUCCAAAACGCUGGCUUCCAAGCGGAAUAUUUCAUUGAUAAGGACGAAUGUGCCGUGCGGAAGGGUGGCUGCCAACACACCUGUAUAAACACAAUAGGAAGUUACAUGUGCGCAUGUCACAACGGUUACACACUACACGAAAAUAAACACGACUGUAAGGAAGAUGCUGAAGGCUGUAGACAUUAUCUCAAUGACCACAGAGGCGUAAUAGUGAGUCCUCUGUGGCCGAAACACUAUCCUAGCAAAUCCAACUGCGAGUGGAGCAUCAAGACAGCCCCGGGUCAUCGCAUCAAACUCACCUUCGACGAAUUUUCAGUGGAGCCCCACGACGAAUGUAUUUAUGAUUACAUCGAAGUGUUUACCACACCAACUAAACUUCUGGGGAAAUUUUGUGGCGGCAUAGACGAUGUAUCUACUAAUAUCAUAUCCGAGGAGGAAGAGUUAAUUAUCAAGUUUAAAUCUGAUGAAUCGGUUCAGAGAAAGGGAUUCCAAGCGACUUAUUCAUCAGUAUGUGGAGGAAACCUCAACGCCAUGUCAGAAGCAAAAGUCAUCUACUCUCAUGCGAAAUAUGGUGACCAAAACUACCCGAAGAACAUCAGGUGUCAGUGGACCAUCCGGGGCUCUCCAGGGUCAAAUGUCAGCCUCAGUUUCUCCGCAUUUGAUCUAGAGGAUAGCAAAGAGUAUGACGUGGUGGAAUUGUAUGACGGCGCAAAGGAAAAGUCAAAAUUGCUGGGAGCAUACUGUGAUGUUGAGGUAAUUUUCAUUUGUAGAAAAAAAAAAUCAUUAUCAACAGCUUAUAAGAAUAUUCUUCUUGUAUCAACGUCCAAUAUUUUCUCAACGGGGAUAAGAAGUGUUAAAAUCCACGUGACUUGAGUUUGGAAACAAAAUAAACUUUGUGUUGCAGAUCCCACCCACAACUAUUACAACAUCUGAUACACUGAUCCUGAUUUUCAAGUCUGAUAGUACAGUGACGUGGAAGGGAUUUGCUGCAGAGUACCAGGAAAUUGUCAUCUAAGUCAGAAGACAUUGUGAUGUCAGCUGCUUUUGUAUAUGUAUCUAUCAUCCAUAAGGUCAAAAUGAUAUUAAAUAGAGAUCGAUACCUUUAUUCAUCCAAAUGUGUGUGUAACUCGGCAUAACACCUCUCCUGCAGAGUCUAAUCAACACUUUAAACAGCCAGAUUUGUACACCCACACUUUCAAAUGAUUCAAUUCAAGUGUGUCCUGACUAAAUGCUGAAACUCAGAUAGAAUUGGCAUGAUGACAUCGUGUUGCAUGUUUAAGAUUACCAACUGUUUUAAAAACAUUUGGCUUAAACAACAAAAUAUUUCAAAAACAAGGCAUUAAAAAGUUAAGGGCAUAUAUAUGGUGAGUUUGUUUAGUUACAAAUUACAUGUAUCUACAUGUAUAGCAUACAUCACAAAACUUUUAAAUUAUAUUUUUAGACCAAAGCUGCAAAUAUCACAGACACAAAAACUGUUAUUUCACAUCAUUUGUUUUACUUUGCUGCAUGAUAUAUCAACAUUUAAACAUGCAUAUAUCUCUUCUAAAGUUCAUUUUAGCAGAUGUCAUUCAUUAUUUGUUUUUCAAUAAAUAUUUGUGCAAGUUU